AUGCAGCGUUUCUCACCUUCACAGAACUCGACUUCGCCGUCUCUGAGCCUCAACGGCCAAGAUUGUGAUCUGGCCGAGAUCACUCAAGGUUUUGGGAACGGCGGGCCCCUCAGCUUCACUCCUCCACUUCUAGAUCACGCACAAAGCACACAGGACCUGGAGUACUCCGAAGCGGGAAUGACCUCAUAUCAAUUUAGCCCUAUCCAGGCCGACAACAUCAACCUGGCGCAUCCCAGCUCUCAACGACCACUUCCUGACACCGGUAGCACAAAUGUCUCAUCGACGUGGUCGGGCAGUGAUGAUGCCGUGCUAAUGAAUGCUCGAGCUCGCAACCACGGCUGGAACCAAAUUCAAAAAGACCAUUUCCCUAACAAAACAGCAAAUGCUUGCCGGAAGAGAUACGAGCGUCUUGUGGCAAAGCGUAGAGUGCCUGAAUGGGAUCAGGAGAAACUUGAAAAACUGUCCGCUGAAUAUAAUCGGCUACGCGAGGAGACAUGGCAGGCACUCGCAAGUGCCAUUGGUGAGAAAUGGCAGGAUGUAGAAAAAGCAUGCUUCGACAGGGGUCUGAAAUUAUUGACCUCACCCAGUCGGGCCCAUUAUCGAAAUCACAAUCAGGUCCAGCGAAACGAAGUAAUCAAAGCUUCUGUACCGCCGCCUCAGCCUCGCAGGGACAGUGUACUUCCCCUUAAGGACAUUCUGUCAGCGGAUUAA